AGAGGAGGCACGCGGCUGCAUGAAUUGCGGGUCUUGCGUGGUGCGUAUGACGUGUUUCUGGCAGUGCUCGUUGGAGUUGGUGAGUAGCGGUUACACCGACGAGAAGCAGGUACGUGAGCGUGACCAUGGGAAUUUUUGCUUCAGGUCUUAAAGGCAUCUUUGGAAAGAAGGAGAUGCGAAUUCUCAUGGUUGGUCUAGAUGCUGCUGGAAAAACCACCAUUCUUUACCAAUUUAAGCUUGGAGAAAUUGUUACCACAAUUCCUACCAUCGGUUUUAAUGUGGAAACCGUGGAAUAUAAACACAUAAGCUUCACAGUAUGGGAUGUCGGUGGACAGGAUAAAAUCCGACCACUUUGGCGUCAUUACUUUCAAAACACACAAGGGUUGAUAUUUGUCGUUGACAGUAAUGACAGAGAGCGUAUGAAUGAGGCACGUGAGGAGCUGAUGCGAAUGCUUGCAGAAGAUGAAUUGCGUGAUGCUGUCUUACUUGUCCUUGCCAACAAACAGGAUCUUCCGAAUGCAAUGAAUGCAGCUCAAAUCACAGACAAACUGGGCCUACACAAUCUGCGCAGUCGACAGUGGUAUAUUCAGGCUACGUGCGCCACCUCUGGUGAGGGUCUCUGCAACGGACUGGAUUGGUUAGCCAGUCAGUUGAAAAAGAAGUGAUGACUGCUUGCCAAGGAUUGUGUAUUUGGAAAAAUGUAACUGUCCUGAUGAGGUGAAUUUGGCUACACUGACUUUUUUUAAUCUUCAUCAUUUCCUUGGGGUAUGGUGUCUUCUGGUUAUUGAAUUGGGGAUCCAAGCAGUAGUGUCCUUUGACUGUAUUGUAGUCUCUUUUCCAAGACUCAUCAACAGCUGCUGUUGGCUUAAAUGUAAGAAACUUGAACUGGAACUGGACCUGUGCAGAAAGAUCUUGGAAAAAAAAAUGCAUCAAGAUUGAAUUUAUCAACAGUGCAUUUAUCACAUUCCAAUAAAUGGAGCGUUCUGCUUGUAUUUUUAAAUUGCACUUGAGUACUGGAACUCCCAACAGUUUUGUUCACUUCUCCAUGCUUUCAUUGUUACUGUAAAAUUGGCUUAAUUAAACACUUUACUUGUCCACCUCUGCAAAA